CCCGCCGCCGCUCCGGGUGGCCCCCGGCCCCGCGCGCCCGCCCCCGGCAGCGACAAUGAGUGAACAGAGUAUCUGCCAAGCCCGGGCUUCCGUGAUGGUCUACGAUGACACCAGUAAGAAAUGGGUACCAAUCAAGCCUGGCCAGCAGGGAUUCAGCCGGAUCAACAUCUACCACAACACUGCCAGCAACACCUUCAGAGUCGUCGGAGUCAAGCUACAGGACCAGCAGGUUGUGAUCAAUUAUUCAAUCGUGAAAGGGCUGAAGUACAAUCAGGCAACGCCAACCUUCCACCAGUGGCGAGAUGCCCGCCAGGUCUACGGCUUAAACUUUGCAAGUAAGGAAGAGGCGACCACAUUCUCCAAUGCUAUGCUGUUUGCCCUGAACAUCAUGAAUUCCCAAGAAGGAGGCCCCUCUACCCAGCGUCCAGUGCAGAAUGGUCCCUCUCCUGAUGAAAUGGACAUCCAGAGAAGACAAGUGAUGGAACAGCAGCAGCAGCAGCAGCAGCAGCAGCGCCAGGAGUCUCUAGAGAGAAGAACCUCGGCCACAGGGCCCGUCCUCCCACCAGGGCAUCCCUCAUCUGCAGCCAGCGCCCCCCUCUCAUGUAGUGGGCCUCCACCCCCACCCCCACCCCCUGUACCACCCCCACCCAUGGGGGCCACCCCCCCUCCCCCACCCCCACUGCCAGCUGGAGGAGCCCAGGGGGCCAGCCACGACGAGAGCUCCAUGUCAGGACUGGCUGCUGCCCUGGCGGGAGCCAAGCUAAGAAGAGCACAGCGGCCAGAAGAUGCAUCUGGAGGCUCUAGUCCCAGUGGGACCUCGAAGUCCGAUGCCAACCGGGCAAGCAGCGGGGGAGGUGGAGGCGGCCUCAUGGAGGAGAUGAACAAGCUGCUGGCCAAGAGGAGAAAAGCAGCCUCCCAGACAGACAAGCCAGCUGAUAAAAAGGAAGAUGAAAGCCAAGUGGAAGAUCCUAAUACCUCCCCAUCUCCGGGGACCCGAGCAGCCAGCCAGCCACCUAACUCCUCAGAGGCUGGCCGGAAGCCCUGGGAGCGGAGCAACUCGGUGGAGAAACCUGUGUCCUCAUUACUAUCCAGAACCCCGUCUGUGGCAAAGAGCCCCGAAGCUAAGAGCCCCCUUCAGUCACAGCCUCACUCUAGGAUGAAGCCUGCUGGGAGCAUAAAUGAUGUGGCCCUGGAUGCCUUAGAUUUGGACCGGAUGAAGCAGGAGAUCCUAGAGGAGGUCGUCAGAGAACUUCACAAAGUGAAGGAAGAAAUCAUCGAUGCCAUCAGACAAGAGCUGAGUGGGAUUAGCACCACGUAAGCAGCUGGCUGGCCAAGGCCAUGCUGAGACAUCGGGUCCGUGGAUGGUAGAAGACCGUGAGGAGCCCAGCCAACCCCAGCUUCCAGCACUUACCACGCAGCACGGGAGCCCGGAUGUGCUUCAGUUCAGUCUAACCCGUGAGCAGAUAUCAAAAUGAAGAAACAAUUCAAUUCCUGGAUUUUUUAGAUUUUGUCUGACACAGAACAUCAGGUCUACUCGUCUUUUUUUGUAUUUUAUAUUUGCUUAUUUAAGUAUACAUUUCUUUGGUUCAUAGACAGGAUGCCCCACUUCAUUAGAUUGUUUCCAGGUUUUCUCCCAGGUGACGCUGAUAGCACCCUAGCUGGCAGUGACGGCCGGGCACUGUGUGGCGUCACCACACACAACAGAGCUGUCCCAGCACAGCUCCGUCCCCAGCAAUCAUGGUGUUGAAGCAGUCUGUCCAUUCCCCACGGUGUCUGUGUCCACACGGUAAUAAAUGGUUUACUG